UUCUUCGCAGCAAGCUCAUGCAGGUCGUGUACAUCGAUUCGUGCCGCGGCGGUGCUGGGCGUCUAUACAUCGCGUAGCACUGCAAUGCAUUCCGUGCACGGGGGUGGCAGAUGCCAGAUUACUCCACCACCACGCCUGCGCGAUUGGGGCGUCAGGAUGAUCCGCCACCGCGCCGCGACGCACUCCGUAAGAGUAAGAAAGAACGGCACGAGGAGGAGGAGGAAGAAGGAGGAGGGGUAGGGUCCACAAGUGGUCGCGGAGCUAGCGCUCCCUCGAGCCUCGCCUUCCGAAAGCUGCUCGCGAGCCCGCCGGCCGCAGCUCGGGCUUCCAAUUCUCACGCCGGGGGGCCGCCGCCUUCUGCGGGGGGCCCGGGCGCUGGUCGUGCGGAGACGAUGGCACGCGAGGCGCCCGGGGGGAAGAGGCGUGCGAGAGGGUGAAGACUGAGAGGAUAAGGGCCACACCCCUCCCCCCGCGAAGCGCCGCGCAGCGGCGCGCGGCGGUCACGGCAGCCGCGACGUCACGGCCACCCGCCGAGGCCGCCGCGCCGCACGGGCAGCAGCCCCACGGCCGCCUCCUCCGGGCCU